CAUUUCAACACGCUUGCGCGAAACUCCGAGCAGACCUGACAAUUAACCUUUAAAAUUAUUGCCAUUCAAAAUAACCGUAAACAAAGUAAACACUGCGUAGUAGAAAUAGGUAAAAAAUGGAUCAUGAAGAAGAAUUUCUUAACACCUUUUUCACUCAGGUUGCUCAAUUGUGUACAGAUAAAGCCAAGGAGUUAGUUGAAAAGGAACGUGGAUCAUGUCGCCAAACACAGAUGGGUCCAUGGGGAAUGUUGCUUAUGCAUUUACCACAAAUAGCAGUAGCAGAACAUUCAUAUGCAGAUAUGGGUUUUCUUCAUACCAAAAAUAAAGGAUUUUUAAGGAAAGAUAAUUCGCUACGAACAGUAUAUGAAUCCUUGAAGUCUGACCUGAAAAGAGUAGAAGAAAUGACUAGGGGAACCAACUCUAUUGGCGCAACAGUUGCUGAGGUUUCCAAUCAACUAUGUCAAUACAUUACAGCCAAGAUACAACUGAUAGAUUUUUAUGAAAAAAUGUAUAAUAUGAGUAUAAAUAGUAAAGUCAUGAAGUACCAGGAAUUGUUGCAAUGUAUAGAGGGAAUAGUAGAAAGUCAUGCUUUGUCUUGUUCACAUUUAGCAUUAACUGCAUUUAAGACAAGCUUAACGUUGGAGUGCGAAAUAUUAGUACAGUUAACAAAAGCACAAGUUGAACUCCAACAUUGGAGGUUCUUAUCAACAUUAAUGUCUCUUUAUGGUGCACAAGCACGAAUGUCAGCUUGGGAACGAACUUUACAAAACAAAGAGUCAUGGAAAUUAGGCUUUGGUGCGACUUUUCUAAAAGCGAAUCAGCAGCCUGCAUUGUACCAGUGGUUAGUGAAAUUACGCAGUAGCAUAUUAGCUAAAUGCUCUUUGUAUUUCCAUACUACUUUAAGUCAGCAGGCUAGUCCAGGAGAAAUGAGAAGUAUCAUGAGCAAGCAAAAUGUAGAUUACUACCACAAAAUACAGAGUUUUCAACGCAAACAUGAUAUUCUAGCAGUUUUAAUUAUAUUUGAUGCUAGAGGAGUAGAAGAUUCAGGACCAGGUUACAGACAUCCUCGCAGAGAACUAAAUGCUACUGAACAUUUCCCGGUUGUUCUCAGUUGUCCUAGUAUGUUUGUGCAAAAGCCAUCAAUUCAUUUAGAGAAUAUACAGAAACGUAUUAAAGAACGACAAUCCGAACUUCUCGUUAUGGAUAAAAUUGUCUACAUUAAAACUGUAAAGGAUCCAUGUAUAUAUGCUAUGUACAAUACUGAUCCCAGAAUGACCCUAGUUACUGUAUUUGAAAGUGGCAAACCAAGAGAUAAGGAAUCUCAUGUAACAUCGUUCAUGACUGACUUAUGUAUGCAAAUUAGGUGUAACAAAGUGUAUGAAACGUUGAAAUUAUCGAAAUAAGCUGACGUACAAAUAUGAAUUAAAAAUAUUAAAAUACUAUCAAUGAUUAUAGUGCGCCAAAAAUUGGGUACUAUUUCAAUUACAUGAGACUUAUGUAUAAAUUUUGAUAAUGGUUUAUUAAUAUAUUAUAUUAAUUAAUUGAUAUCUUUAAA